GUAAUAUACAUAUAUUAUAUAAACACUGCGUAACACUGUCAUAAAUAUUAACCAGAUAUCAUUUAGUCCAAGAGGAAUAAUAUAAGCGAUGGGUUUCGACACAGACUGCUUAAGAAUAGUCAGUAUGAACGCUACGGGGCGGAAGGGAAAGCAGUAUUACGACUUCCGACAGUCCAACUUACGGCAGCUGGUGGAGAAUGAGAGUCCUGAUAUAAUGUUCUUGCCGGGAGACAACCCCGGGCCUGACACAUUUACACAUACCAGUUAUCAACAACUACUGGACCCCACCAACAACGAGACAGUUCUCUUGUACGAUUCCACACGACUGAAGGUCCAUCAGCGACCGACUGAGCAACAAUUCUCAAUCCCCAACUGUGAUUUUGACAAAGUUCUGACUCCUAUUGUGGAUAUUUACUCACCUGCUCCGGCACAGAACAUCGUGAAGCGGUUUAUCUGCGUCUCCUGGCACUGGGAACUGACCGCCACUGGAGGAUCACAAGUUUUAUACGAAAAUGGGCGAUCCUACAUAAUGUUUGCUCAACUGCUCGCCUGGUUCACCGGAAACGAAGUUUUGAUCGGAGGCGACUUUAAUUUGCCAUUGACCAAAAUCAACGAACUAAUCAAGGAGCACAACAAUCUGGUUCAACAAGGCAUCGAUAGCCUAAAACCCAUUUUUCGGCAGCUAGGUUACAUGGAUUGCAUGACCGAAACAAUCCAUCGGCCUGAUCGAAGACUGCGGCAACUAAGGCUUCACAAAUGUAAGAAUGCAAAUACAACAGAAACGAAUUUCUUUGUGGCUUCUAAAGAGAUGCAACUGUUGGAGACCCAACACGUGAAAAUGGAGAGUCUCUCAUAUCGGUGUGCCGGACUACAGCUACAGACAAGAUUGGAGACUAAUUACUGUCCAGAGCCGACCUACACAAAGACCCAAAUGUAUAUCCCGCAGAGACCACCAAAACACAACGGGGGAUAGAGAAAAUUCGAAGUUUACAAUUAGAAAGUGAUCUGAGAGUGUUAUAUACUAUAUAUUUUGUAGAAUUAUCUAAUCCAUAUUUGUAAUGUAAAUUUUGUUUACAGUUUCCUCUUUCUAUUGGCUCUUUAAUGGAAAAUAUUUUGAUUAUUAUUAAAGUCAUGUUAACUACU